GUUCCUCUUUCCCGUUUAUUAUCGGCAGAGGUCGCAUGGCAGAGGGAAGUCCAACCACUUCUGUACUGGAACCAAUGCAAGAAUAUGCACCUCCAUAACAAAGCCUGUAUGGAGUCCUGAGCGCAGACGGAGAACAGAGGCGCAGCUGUAAGAAUUUAUAUUUCUAAAAAGAAAGGAUCUAAGUUGGAGGUUUGCUUUUGUUUUGUUCUGGAACAAGAGGGAUAGUUUUGCCAAACACGUGCGUAUCCAUGAAAUUUCCACUCUGCGUUUUGACUAAGUGAGUUGAGCGUUAAACAUCCCGGUGCGGGGCUCCGCUGAGGACUGCGCAUCAGCAGAGUUGGUGCCGAAGUUCGGCCGUGAACGGAUGUGAGGGAGAGUGUGUGCCGAGUCAAACUCCCCCACUUCUUUUUUUUUCCUCUCUCUCUGUCUCUCAUUCUCGUGCUUUUGGUGUUGUGUUUGCUGAGACAAUAGUGAGCCAAAAAAGACGCUGAAUUUGAUUUCAUGCCUUCAGUCUCGCACAACCUGAGAUGGAUGUGAGAUUUUAUCCUGCACCUCCGGCAAAUGUGGGUUCAUGCUCCUUACCGACUGAUCCAAGUUGUCUGAGUUCGCUGGACUAUUAUCACUCCAACAAGGCCCGGUACAGUGUGGGUGAACGAGUGGUUAGGCUCCACACUGCCUCCACUCCAGGAAUCAAUCCAGCUAGGAAAAGACUGCCCAUUGCUGUGUUUGAUGGUGACAAUAUGUAUAUGAAUGACAAUAACCAAGAGUUCCGGUCGCCGAACCAGAACUAUUCCAGUCAGGGCAGAGGCAACAGUGGUGGAGGAGCAGGGGAUGAAGACUACGAGAUUCCCCCCAUCACACCUCCAAACCACGCAGACCCGUCUCUGCUGCACCUCAUGGAGCACGAGUCAGGUUACCCCUUCCAUUCCCUGCCCCACAAUGGCCUGCUCAACACCUACUCCUACCCUGAGCUGCCUGCCCUCAUGAUGUCCAACAUGCUGGGUCAGGACACCCACCGCCUCUCAGGGCCUAUGCACUCAAUACACAGCAGUGAAAAGCGAUCCUCAGCAGAGAUGAUGAAGCCCAAACCCAAACCUCAAAAGAAGAAGAAGAAGAAGGACCCCAACGAGCCACAGAAACCUGUGUCGGCCUACGCGCUCUUCUUCAGAGACACCCAGGCAGCCAUCAAGGGCCAAAACCCCAAUGCCACCUUCGGGGACGUCUCCAAGAUUGUGGCCUCCAUGUGGGACAGCUUAGGGGAGGAGCAGAAGCAGGCAUACAAGAGGAAAACCGAGGCAGCUAAGAAAGAGUACCUGAAAGCCUUGGCCGCGUACCGAGCCAGUCUGGUUUCCAAGACAUACAAUGACCCAGAACCAAAAAGUGCCCAGCAGACUAGCCAGCCCUCUCAUCUGCUUCCCCCCAAGCAGCCCCUGUACAGCGUGCCCCCCCAGCCCUCCUCGCCCUACCUGGGCCCACCGGGCUCCUUCCCCCUGUCAGACCUCCAGAGCUUCGCCGGACCGCCCCGUCACACCUUGGCCCAGACCCUCAGCCAAUCCCAGAUGCUGCCACCCAGCAUGAGUGCCUCUCCCCCUGCUCCCUUCCAGAUUAGCCCACCACUGCACCCCCAUGCCCAGCUCUCCCUGCACCAGAGCUCCCUGCUCAACCAGCCAAUCCACAUGCAGCAGUCGCAGCCAAUCAUCUCACACCAAAUGGGGCUCCAGGCACCUCUGCACUCCCCUCCUCUCAGCCAACAGGGAUUCUCCCACAUUCAGGCUGAUUAUCAGAACAGUGUUGGGGGCUCACAGUCUCCAGGGGCUCCGAACCCAGUGCACGGCCAGAACCCAGACUGGGACAGCGAGUACUGCAACAGGGACUGUGGACCCAACCACUGCGGCAGUGGCAUGGGAGCCCGGGACAAGCCUCUCUACCUCACUUGAAGUUGAAAGACCUCCAAAUGUCUGACUCCAGGGAGCUUAUCAACAUAACAACAAUGUCAUCGAUGUAUCUGCUUCUACACCAUUUUUCUUGUUUCUCUGACGGAUUUUGAAAAUCCCAAAGACUGCAACAGUAACUUCACCAAUUUGCCAAGCACUUAGAUCAGCCAGAAGCCUGGGGCACUUCUCUUGCUUUUUUUUUUUCUCCCUCCUUAUCAGUGAACUUUUUUUUGCGAGGCACUGAGCUUUAAGCUCAUGCCAACAUACUGGAAAUGAAGACCAAAAAAAAAAGAAAGAGUCUUCUCAUCUCAUUUUGAAUUUUUUUUUUUCAAAAAGAUGCUUUCUUUCCUCUUCACUCCAUUACUCUGUGUUUGCCAUGGACUGCCCUUAGUGGGGAAAUGAAAUGCUCUAAGCGUAGGGGUCUUGGGUAGAAAAGCUAAUGCAGGAAACUAGGAUAUAGUCACCUCACCGGGGGGUGGAUACACUUCACGACAGACUCAAACACCCCGACUGAAUAAAAGCAAAGCAACACUUUAUUAAAGAUAGUCACAAACAUUUGUAAAUCAUCCGUGCUCAAGUAAAGGAGUCCCUCAUGUCCUUUAUUUGUCACAGAGUGAUUGUAAAUAUCACCAAAACGGAUCCCUCUUCUGUGUGUAUUUAGCUGCAGUCCCUUGCUUUAUUAUUUUUUAUUCCAACAUCCUCUUUUUGUUUGGUUAUGUGAUUUCUCGUGCAGGCGGAUUCAGUGAGGAAAUACACACACACACACACACUAAAACUUGUGUUGAAACUGUGUUCAUUGGUCUUGUUGCUCUCCAAACGAGGGGCGAUGUGCGAAGACUGAGAAACGCUCCAUUUCCUCCACAAGUGACGGAGCUCUGAUAGAGAGUGUCACUCUCUUCACACGGCCUCAGGACAUUACAAAACUGUAGAGGUCCAAGGUUGAAACCUCUCUCCUUUUAGCUCCUCCUCCUCUCUGUCAGUAAGGACCACCCCCUCCAUCUGUAACCCCACCCACCAUCCUUUAGUCCUGGCACCACUUGUACAAGUGAAUUAAAAAAAAAAGUUGCUAAAUGUGAAAUGUUACUAAAGAAAAAAAAACAUAACAGUGGGUUUUAAAGUUUUUGACUAGUUUUAUUAGAUGUUUUAGAAUUGUGUUGAACUCAUCUUUAUCAUUUUUUGUGAAGAAAAAAAAUCGUAAAAAAAUAUUUUGAUUUUCACUGUAGCAGGAUUUGCGUUUUUGGAGGAAUGGUCAUGGGGUAGAUAUUAUAAUUUUCUUUUUGUGUAUAAACCUGCCAAAUGUACUUCUUUAAUUUGUAAAGCCGAUAGUAAAAGAACCCCCUUUUUUGUUUUUGUUGAAUAUCAUACUGCAUAUUU